GUCAGGUUCUUUAGUGUCCUCAGUGUUUUCUCUGCAGAUAUUUGCAGCUCUUGACACCUGUAACAAAAUUCUUCAUUAAAAUAACAUCGAAUCCAAAGCAUUUCAGAAAAAGGCAGCUCAUAUCGACUCCUACUGGGAAGAAAAUAAGAAAAUUAGAAAGGGAGUGUGAAGAAAAGUAAAACAAUUUCAUUGUCAAGCAAGUCUGGAUAAGGGUUGAUAAUGAACUAGAAAAAUGUAAGAAAGCAGCACAUGUGAGGCUCUGUUAAAGAUGUCCACCUUCGAAGUGCUUCUUCAGUGGAUACAUCAUGAUUCUGAACAUCUUUCACCAGACUGUCAACCUGGAAAAAAAGACAGAACUCAAUCAACACUGAGUACAAGGGUUUACAGUUUACACCUGCAAAUUUACGAUGUACAAAAUAAAUGUUUAUGACACUCUUAUCUUUAACACAUAGACUAUACCCUAACCAACUGUAACAGUAUCUAAUGCAAUCUAAAUCUACAGUUAACAAAUUCUGCUUUCAGGAAACUUCCAGAUUUACAGUUUUUGUUGACAUGAUCAUACUGGCGACUACUGUUCUUUUCCUGCCUUUGUUUCGCUGCUUUCUGAAUCAGGGUACUUUACCAAAAUGAAUGAGAACUAUCAAAAGAAGUACUUUAAUUCCUCUAUUUUUGUUGUAAUUAAGCAAAAACAGACUUGUAGAUACUUAUUCAAUUCCAGCUUUCACCGUAGCCUACAAGACAAUUUUGAAAAGCUGUGUUUAAGGUAACAAGGUUAUUGAAUUGGAUUCAUCAUCCAAAAACAGAGUUUUUUUAACAUCACAGUCUUAACAAGCUUGAUUUCAGUGACUGCACAAGUCAGUCCGAUCAUCCAACAGGCUCGUCUGGCUAUCAGUUUUUGCUAAAACACAACUGUCCUAAAUACACGAGUCAAGACAUUCGGCAGCACACCUGUUUUUUGAUUCCAUCUACUUCUCUCUGCACCAGUUGCAGAGGUCCUUUUCUUUUUGGUGGCAUUUGUUCCCUGUUUUAUCAUGCACUAUCCAUGCACAACCAUCUAGCUAGCAGACGCUAUUCUUCCUCUGGUCGCUAGGCAACCUCUUCGUCUUCUUCUUUGGUUUCUGCAGACUACAUGCAUCCAAGGCGUAUUGCUGCCCUCUGUUGUUUCCUCGCGGUUUUCGCUGCCCUAUACACCAUGAGUGACUGUUAAAUAUAUACAUAAAAAUAUGCGAAUUAAACUCAAAUUAUUUCAGUCCAUGUCUAUUGUCAAGUAUCGCACAACUUUACACUAGUGCAAAGUGAAAUUGCUUGAGUUUACGGUUAAUAAAAACAGUUGUGUAAGUGUCUUUCUUUUGACCUACAGGGGGCGUUUAUGCUUGUUGUGAAACAUGCUGCAUUCAGGGUCUCCCCGCUGGCUUCGCAUUGGUCAUUUACAGAGAGGAAUAAUUUGCAUUGAAAACAUAGUUACAGUGCUACUAGAAGUCAUAAUUAUUUGAAAAAAAAUGUAAAGCUAUUUGUGAGCAAAAUUCCCUCAACUCAUUGGUAUGAAAUAAAAAAGACAACCAUAAAUACCGACGUUUAAAGGUGCACUUGAAGGUAGCAAACACUACUCAACCACGACCAAUCUCGUGUUACAGCAUUUGCCAUCAUGGCUGCCCCCGUCGCACUUAUUCAAGGGGCUAGCAGGGGACUGGGGCUUGAAUUUUGCAAACAUAUUUUGAAAAAUAAAGGUCCAGCUGCCGUUAUAGCAACAUGUCGCAACCCGGACGGAGCUGCAGAGCUGCGGGGUCUGGUCGGUCAACACCCCGGCAAACUGACGCUUCUCCGGCUGGAUGUGACCCAGGAGGAAGACGUCCGCGGGGCUGCUGAGCGUGUGAAGGAGAGCUUCGGUCGGCUGGAUCUGAUUGUGAACUCCUCGGCGAUGCUUCAUCCCUCUGGAAAAGGAGAGACCAGUCUAAGAGAUGUAUCUGCCCAGGUAAAGCAUCAUAAAAUGGCAGCCAGAGCUCCAAUUUUGAUGAAAGAAAGCUGAUAUCGUCUCCUGAGAUGUUUAACCAUAGACUGUAUAACACAUUUCCCCCAAAGCAUUAUGUUCUCACAUGUCAGUCCGGCACCCAAAGACUUGCAAGUCGUGGAUCUGUCUACAGAAGAGUUUUACAUUUAUUCUCCAAUCUCACAUGACUUGAUGAUAUUCAGCCAUGUGUCCCCACGAAUAAACCCUUCUUAUCGCUAACAUGAUUUAAAAUGUAUUCUGUUACUUACUUUCUGACUUUCAGGGCACUAUCUCCACCUUGAUGACCAACACAGUAGGUCCCUUGGUUAUGGCCAAAUAUUUUGCCCCCCUCCUCCAGAAGGGUGGAGGUGGUUUUGGUCUGCAGCCUGCAGAGAAGUCCAAGCAGCACAGUGGUAUUAUCAUCAACAUCACUGCCAAAGUUGGAUCCAUUGGUGACAAUGGUAGGAAAUGUGUUGUCAUUGUUUCAGAAACACUUUUUAAUAUCUCAUGCAAUAAUAAACGAAAUACCAAAUGAAAUUGGCAUAUUAAGGGGUUACAUAAAUAACAAUUUAAUGUAUAAAUAUCACGACUUCAACAUUUGUGGCGAUGUCUGCAGAUAUUCGGGGGUUCACUUUGCUCUUUCCCCUCUUCUCAGGCCUUGGUGGUUGGUACAGCUACAGAAUGUCGAAAGCAGCUCUAAACAUGGCUACCAGGAAUCUUUCUAUUGAGCUUGGCCGCAGCCGACCAAAGGUGAGUUUGGAUGGAUUAAGUUGAUCUGAUCACCUUAACAGAUGACACCAAUGUGGGGCCAGCUUCUAGAUCUCUUGAAGCAGAUAGAAAACAUCAUGUAAUUGAUGAUGUCUUUACAACUGACUCUUCAAUGCAUUCUAUCACGUAUAAAAGUGGUACAUAUGUUCUGAUCUUUGCAGGUAGUGUGUGUGUCUCUACAUCCAGGAACAGUGAACACAGACCUCUCCAGACCAUACCACAAGAAUGUGCCAAAAGACAAGCUGUUCAGCACCAAACACUCUGUGAACUGCCUGAUGAGCAUCAUAGACGCACUGAACAUUGAAAAGACUGGCAAGGCAUAUAGCUGGGAUGGAACUGAACUUCCCUGGUAGAAUCAAUAGAUGUACAAAGAGAGAAAUCAAUUUACUUGACUAUUUUCUUAUGCCUUAUCACUCUGUGUACACUUUGCAAUGUGUGUGUUGUUUUUUUAACAUCCCAAGAAUUAAGGCUACAGAAGUUUCACUACCUCACAACCAGCUGAAGUGCUUGAACCCUAUUGUACCAGCAAGACCAUUUAAAAAGCCUUAAAUACAAGUUAUUAAGUGGCUUAUAUUUAAAGAGAAAUAAAUGCUACCAAAUAAAGCGUUAUAUGACCAAAAAAAGAUGUGAGGCUAUGCUAUUGAAUUAAAGGGAUAUUCCAGCGUAAAAAUAAUUUAGGGUCAAACACACUUUAUCACUGAGUAAGACACCCCCUCAAGAGAUGAAUGUUGCCGACCGCUUGCUUCUCUUGUUAUACCAACUUUAGUAAUGAUCACACAAUAGCAAUACACAGCGAUCUCAGGAGCCACACACAAACCUCAACCAGAAAGCCACUCUAUAGCCACAAAUAAUGUUCAGAACAGCACCUAACUUCAUCAACAGUACAUAUAGGGUCCCAGCCAUAGCACUAGCCACCAAACACCUGAUUUCUUUAGGUAAGGGACUAAACACAACUUACCUACUCGCUGGCAGCCGCUUGUUUGUAGCAAGACCUUGGACCAGUCCAUUAAGGACUACAGCAGGGUGACGCAGCUCAAGGAAGAACAUUUAUGAUCAUUACUUCAUGGAAAUGCAAUCAGACUGAGACGCUAAGGUCUGCAGUGCAAAAUUAUUAAUAUGGUGAUUAUUACUUCAAGGAAAUGAUAAAGUAAUGAUCAUAAAUGUUCUUCCUUGAGCUGCGUCACCCCGCAGCAGUCCAUAAUGGACUGGCCAGAGGUCUCGCUACAAACAAGCAGUUGCUGGAAGAGAGUAGGUGAGUUGUGUUUAGUCUCUUUGCUAAAGAAAUUAGGAAAAGUUAAAAAGAUGUUUGGUGGCUAGUGCUGUAGCUGGGACCCUGUAUGCACUGUUGAUGAAGUUGCUGUUCUGAACAUUAUUUGUGGCUAUAGAGUGGCUUUUUGGUUGAGGUUUGCUUGUGGAGAUGGAGACCGCUGUGUAUUGCUAUCGUGUGGUUGUUACUAAAGUUGGUAUAACAAAAGAAGCAAGUGGUCGGCAACAUUCAUCUCUCGAGGGGGUGUCUAACUCAGUGUUAAGGUGUGUUUGACCUUAACUUAAUUUUACGCUGGAAUAUCCCUUAAACCUAGCACACCGAGGACAAACUCUUAUGGUAAAAUAAAUAAAUUUAUUAUGUGUCUUGACUUCAAUUUUAUCAAGUAGAAUCUGUUAAAAAAUAAAACUUUAUACAAGACUCUUGCCUAUACAAUUUAAAUUUAGCUCAGUGUAAAGAAUGAAUGAAGCUAACCAGGCUCUAAAAGUGUAAGAAAUUUUAAUUUGGUGUUAUAAAUAAACAUAUUUGACUACCUCUGUACAAAAGUUCAAGAGUAAAAGUUUCAAGCUGUAGUUUUAUAGGAGUGUAUGUGUUACUCUUUCUUUCUGCUUGGCUCAGUGACUUCUGUCUCAACUAAUGCUUAUCAGCCUCAAGGAAACCACCAAACUCCACAGAGGAACUAUAAACAGCAGACUGUUGUUUGCUAUCGUGAUUUUUUAAACUUUUGUUGUACAGGAGUGUUUUCAGAUGCAAAGCAGUGUGCAUUGUUUACAAAAAAAUGAGACUUAAAUUCUAGUGGGCUGUGUUUAAUUGCCAAGGUAAUGACUGAACUCAAUCCUGUUAGAGGAUUUCUACACAACUGUGACCUGGUUCUUACUUAGUCUGGGUCACUGGGUUAACUUGAUGGCCUGUUAUUGCCACUGCAUGUUGUAUUGUACCUUAUAUUGAACCACAGAUGGAGUUUUCAUCUACUAUAACUCCAGUUAACUAGUUAAAGAGUAGAUAAGUCUUCGCUAUUAUAAAGCUUGAGGGACCUGAUAUAGCCAAAACUGCAGGUUAUUACUCUAAGAACCGCUAGAUGGCAGCAUUUCUGUGGAAUUAGGAGCCUUGAUUUAUUCCUCUCUGUACAUUUACAAUAUUUGAGGGUGGUUAAUACAGCCAUUAUAAAGAAUCACACUUCCUCAGUGGUUGACAUUGCUACACUAAUAAAUUUUAAAAUUACAGGUCUUAAUCCCUUCUUGAGGUAUCAGCCACACUCUUUAGUUUACUGACAAUGUGUAAUAAUGAGAUAUUUAUUUACUUUUGUAUUAUUUAAUAAGAAUAAGAAGAACUGUAUUCAUCCCCGGAGGGAAACUCAAUAUUUAUUAUUCAACAUAGAUUGCAUAUUUAAUGUCUCCAUACUAUAGCCCAAGGGUGUCAAACUCAACCACAGCAAGGGCCAUAAUCUUGAUGUAGGUCUAACCUGAGGGCCAAAGAGGGUGAACAUUUCACCAAAACUGUCAACCUCCUUUUCAAAAAAUAUGUAACAAAAAUAACAAUGAUUAUUAAUAAUUUGGAAAUUCUAAAAAGAUAGAAAAAUUUUAUUUUUUUUCUAUUUUUAUUUAUUAGUUCAAAAGAUCAGAGCAUGGUAUUAAAAAUAGAAAAAUAAUCAUUUAAAGAGCAAAUACAUGAGAAGAAUGUUAAAACCAGGUUUAAAAGGUCAAAAUAUCACUUAAAAUUCAAAAUUGGAAUCUAAAGUAUAAAAAUGAAACAAGUCUAAAUACUGAACAAAAUCAAAGCAUGAAAUAAAAAAUCAAAUCAUGUUUGGCUUGUAAUCUUGAGAUGCAAAAUUGAAAACAUGAAAUAAAACACCAGGGGUUCAGCAAACAACAAAAUCCUGAAAAGAAAGAAAGAAAUAAAGAAAGAAAGAAAGAAAGAAAGAAAGAACGAAAGAAAGAUCCCUUCUGUUCUGGGUGAUUGUUCUCUUACUGUUGAGCUAAGACUGCAGCUGUUUCACCUUUGUAUCUUUUUAUCUAAUGCUGUGUUUUUAUCAGGUCCUCUGUACAUAAUUACAUCAUCUGGCCCUUAAAAUGGAAUAAAAGAAAACGUGAUUACAAAAUAAAA